AUCAAUGUCAUAUGCGACAAGGCGAACGCUGGUCGCAGGUUGAAUUGUUGUCUUUAAAUAUCAGACAUUCUCCUGGAGUCAUCAGUCGCGUUUAUAUAUCUAGUGACAUUGACGCUAGAUCUCCAGGUGUUGGAGACUCGCAGCAGACAGAAUGCGACUGACGCUGCAAACGUUGAUCAGCCACGGGCGGGUGGCUCGCAGGAUCGGUUUGGGACCCGAGUCCAGGAUCCAUAUGCUUCGGAACAUCUUGACUGGAUUGGUUCGGCACGAAAGGAUCGAAACCACGUGGGCCCGGGCUGACGAGGUCCAGUUCUAUGCCGAGAAGUUGAUAGAUUACGCCAAGAAAGGCGACACGGACGAGAAGGCGAUGAAAAUGGCAAACUUCUGGCUGACGGAAAAAGACCUGGUCCCCAAACUCUUCAAGGUCCUGGCUCCUCGCUUCCAGGAACACUCCAGGAGCUACACACGCUUGGUCCGGAUUCCCAACAGAGAGAACCUGGACAAAGCCAAGAUGGGGGUGCUGGAGUACAAAGGGAACCCGUAUCCUCGACUUUACCCCGUCAGGAAGGAGAACGAACUGACGCUCAUCAACCAGUUGCUGAAGGGCUACAGAGAGGAGCGAGCACGAGGCCCCAAGUCUUAGCAGCUGCUCCGCAUCGCCUCUGUACAUGGACAC